UGUGGACGUAUCGAUAUAGGGGAAAUAACAUUCCUAGCCAAUCAGUUUCACGCAUUCUUUUUAUUCGCUCACGGAAAACCUCACUCCCUAUAUUCCCUCUAGUUACUUCUCGUGUCUAGGAGUGACCGUGCAAAUCGCGUGGCUAUUGGUUUCGAUUUGCCAACGCGGACCAAUCCGGAUCGCCUUUUACCGGUCACUUUGCCAAUCGCAAUGUGCCACACCAACAUAUGGUACUCACUGCCCAUCGCGGAGGGUUAAAGUUACGUUUGGUUUUUUGUUGAUUUAAAACGUUGCGAGAGAGAGAUACGCGGACGUGCGUUCUGAAUGGUGUGCAGCUGAGAAUUAUCCUCGAGUAACGCGCGUGUCGCCGGAAACGUGAACGCAAGAUGGAUUUUUCGCGGAGAGGCAUGUCGAUGGCGUCGUUAGCCUUACUCAUUAUCGCUGCCCUCGUCGGCAUCAGCGAGGAGGUUGCCGUUAUGAGCAUCGACUUCGGCAACGAAUGGAUGAAAGUUGCCAUUGUCUCGCCCGGCGUUCCUAUGGAAAUAGCUUUAAACAAGGAGUCGAAGAGGAAAACGCCAGCUGUGAUCGCAUUCAGGAACGGGGAGAGAUUCUUUGGCGAAGACGCUCAAGCGAUCGGAGUAAGGUUUCCACAGUAUGCCUUCUCCUACAUCCUGGAUCUCCUAGGGAAACCCAUGCGCCAUCCGCUGGUACAAGGCUACUUACACAGAUUUCCUUACUACGACGUGAUCGCCGACGAUGAGAGCGACACUAUAGCGUUUAGAAUAGACGAGAACACGACGUACACUCCAGAGGAGUUAGUUGCGCAAAUGUUGCACAAAGGCAAGGAGUUCGCGGAAGCUUCCGCCCAUCAGAAGGUCAACGAAGCCGUUAUCACUGUGCCCGGAUUCUUUAACCAGGCCGAGAGGAAGGCCAUGAUCCAAGCGGCGGAGCUCGCCGGGUUGAAAGUAUUGCAGCUCGUAAACGAUUACACGGCCAUUGCUUUAAAUUACGCCGUAUUCGGCAGAACUGAGAUAAACGACUCUGCGCGCUACGUCAUGUUCUACGAUAUGGGGGCGGGUAGCACUACCGUAACGGUCGUCAGCUAUCAGAACGUGAAGACGAAAGAGAGAGGCUUCGUCGAGACUAAUCCCCAAGUGUCCGUAUUGGGCGUGGGAUUCAGUCGCCUGCUUAGCGGACUGGAGAUGCAACUGCAACUGAGGGAUCAUCUGGCGAAAGAGUUCGACGCCAUGAAGAAAACGCCAAACUCGGUAUUCAAGAACCCAAGGGCGAUGGCCAAGCUCUUUAAGGAAGCUGGGCGCGUGAAGAUUGUACUUAGCGCCAAUGUAGAUCACUACGCUCAGGUAGAAAGUCUGAUAGACGAUAUUGACUUCAGGUUGCAAGUCUCGAGAGAAAAGUUGGAAAAACUGUUCGAAGGAAUGUUUGACAUCCUGACGGAUCCUGUGAAGAUGGCCUUAGAGACUUCAGGUUUGAGACUAGACGAUUUAUCUCAGGUUGUGUUAGUAGGGGCAGGUACUCGUAUGCCAAAGGUGCAAGAGAUAUUGUCCCAAUAUGUUAAGACAGAAUUGUCGAAAAAUAUAAAUACGGACGAGGCGGCUGCUCUAGGGGCUGCGUAUAAAGCAGCUGAUCUCAGUCAGGGUUUCAAAGUUAAGAAGUAUGUUACGAGAGACGCUGUAUUACUCCCGAUAGAGAUAACUUUUGACAGAAAUGUUGAUAAUAAAGUUAAAAGGAUGAGGAAAACGUUGUUCAGCAAAAUGAAUCCUUACCCACAAAAGAAAAUUAUUACAUUUAACAAGCAUACGGAAGAUUUUAAUUUUAAUGUGGGUUACGCUGAAUUGGAUCAUUUGCCUGAACUCGAACAAUCACGUAUUCAACAAGCUAUAUCGAAUAUAUCGUUGAGCGGUGUAGCCGAGGCUUUAGAGAAACAUGCCAAGGAGGGCGCCGAGAGCAAGGGUGUCAAAGCGCACUUUAAUAUAGACGAGAGCGGCGUAUUGAACUUAUUGAACGUAGAAUUAGUUUCCGAAAAGUCGACUGCUGUCGUUGAAGAAGAAGAGGGUACUUUCUCAAUACUUGGCUCAACUAUUAGUAAAUUCUUUGCAGGUACUCAUGAAAAAGAACCGGAAAAAACGGAAGAACCGCUGAAGGAGGAUAUAAAACCAGUGCACGAGGAGCCAGAAUCUUCGGAGCCGGCAAAGGAUGCAGAGGACAAGGGGAAAAAGAAGAACGAGACUAAAGUGAACGAAGAUAAGGCUGUAAAUAAAACUGAGAAAGUAGAUAAGGAGAAGAAGUCCACCGUUAUUCAAAUUAAGGAGCCCAUCGCUGCAAAGGAGAUCAUUAUAGGGCCAACAAUCCUGUUCGGUGAAAAACUCGUACAGUCCCAAGAAAAGCUACAUCGUUUGGACCUGCACGACUCGGAGAAAGCGCGUCGAGAGACCGCAUUAAACAACCUCGAGGCGUUCGUGAUCGACGCGCAGCAGAAGCUCGAUGCUGAGGAAUAUGCGGUCGCGGCUACCGAGAAGGAGGCUGAGGAGAUACGUAAAGCAUGCGCCGAAAUAUCCGACUGGCUGUACGAGGACGGAUCCACCGCGAGCGCGGAAGUGUACGAGGAGAAAUUAGCAGAGCUGCAAAAGUUAACCGACGAUGUCUACGAAAGAGUUGCCGAGCACCGGGAUCGUCCGGAAGUGCUGAAAGGAAUGGUCUCGUUGCUCAACGCCAGUAAUCUGUUCUUAAGUAAUAUACGUAAUUUAAGUUUGACCAGUGAAGUCAUUACGCCCGUUGAAAUCGAGACGCUGGAAAAAGCGAUCAACGAGACACAGGAUUAUUAUGAGACGGCCUUGAAAUCUUUCGCGGAGACGCCGCUGAACCAACCAGUAAAGUACAAGGUUCGCAGUAUCGCAAAUAAAAUGGAGCUCCUCGACAGAGAGAUUAAAUACCUCCUGAAUAAGAUGAAGAUUUGGAAACCGAAACAAGAAGCCGAGACGAAUCAGACGACGGACGGUAAAAGCACGACGGAGGAGGACGGGGUACCUGCAGCUGAAUCCGACGCUGUAGAAAACAACAAGCCUACUGAAGAAAAAGGCGCACCGGAUAAUGUAGAGCAACAACAGGAAGAGCCCGAACAGAAAGCGACGGAUGACACGAAGAAGCCGGUAGUGCUAAUGGAAAACGAGGAACCACAAUUGAGUGAUGAUCAAGUUUUCGAGGAAUUGCAUCAAGAACUAUAAAAAAAUAAUUUAUUUAAACGAGUGUGUGAAUGAUUAUUUGUUAUUGAGAUCGACGGUACUCUGUCGAUUUAGGCAAUUUUUGUAGAUUACCAUAAUCAGAUGCAUUUAAGAUACAAAAAUCAAAGUGGAGGGUUAAUAUGCAUUGCUGUGGUUCCGAUAAAUUAUUUCGCGAACGUAAAUAAGGUUUUUUUUCCAUUUAGUUAAUACGUAUAUCGGAAUAUACGUAGACGGUUUAGUGCAAUGUACAUUGAAUACACGAGGGACUUAUCAGCGCGAUUAAAAGAACGGCAAUCUUAUCAGGAAACUGUCUGUGGCAAUGAUUAUGUUACACAAGUGCCAAGCAAUAGCAGAUUCAAAUGUUCGAAUUUUGUUUUGAUAAUAAAUACACAUGAAUGGGCCAGUUUUGUGAGAGGCUUACCCGUCAGGUCUUUUUACAACGCCGAUAUUCGAUCUCUAACUUCGCAUGUAACGUUUCUGUUGCAAGUAUAUCUUUUAAUCGCGUAUCAUUGCAGCGCAAAGCAUAUUAUUGCUUACAAAAAAAAGGAUAACGCAAACGUGUGCAGUCGGAAAACAAUUGUUGCGUAUAUAUCUUGGAAAAUGAAUUUUUCUAAGAGAUACGCAACAAUUAUUUUCUGACUUCACACGUUAAUGGCGACACACGUCUCAUCUGCUUGCAGAUAUAUACACCAAUCAGUUUUAAAGAAAUCCAUUCUAUGUACUCUAUUAGACUUGCCUUUUUUAAAGAAAUUCACGAGAUUCUUCCUACUAUUUUUUGUUAUUAAUGAUAAUAUAUAAUUAUAUAUUUGAGAGAUAUAUCUUAAUAUAUAUUCCUUUCUUAAACAAAUUAUUGAUAUUCUGUAGACAUGAACGAUUUGCACAAUGCGGUACAGGUAAAAGUCGAGCGCCCAGAAAAUAUAUGAUAAGAGAUUGCUCAUUUGGCUGAAUUAAGACUUGGAACUUGUCUCGACAAUGAAAAUCACGCGAUAUUAUUCUACUGCCAACUGGGUGCAACAAGAUCUUAUCAUUCCGAUGAAGAUAAUUUGUAAUUUCGAAUGUUACGGUAUGUUAUAUGGUAUAUUUAUUAAUUUGGAUGAAUAAAA